CCGGGUAGAAACAUGGAAAUCGGUUCUGGCCAGUCCUUACAUCAUGUGACGUUCAGUUUCUCAAGGACUGCUAUUUAUUUUUAGUUUCCAUAUAUUCUUUCCGGUUCGAACAUUUCAGUGCAUGAGGUCCAAAAUCGGGAAGACCAACUUCCGUCGAACUCGUUUGACGUCCGAAACUCGGAAACAGAUGGAGUGCUAGGUUUAGCAGUUUGGUUAGAAAACGUAGAUUAUUUAUCAGUCAAAUAAACAUCACUAGGGAUCUUUUAAUCAUUGUGAACAUAAUUGAAAUGGUUAGUUAAAACAGAUUAGUCGAAAAUAACCUCUCAUAAGUGAAAAUUUGAAAUCCAAUCAUCAAAUGAGACAAGUGUCGAAUUUUCAUAAUCAAUGUUUUGUUAAUUUUUUUUUUAAUUUAAAUUUAAUCGUAAUAUUGUUUUACCAUUAAAUUCUAUGAAACCAGCCUGUUUUUAUUUCUUAAGACGUAAAUUUGCGAAAUUACAUCUGAUGUCUGAUAGUUAGUAUAGUCAGACUUAAUCUCUAACGCUAUACAAUAAUCUUAUGGGGGGACCAAAAGCCAUGUGCUCCAGCUAUGCUGUCCGAGACGAUGUCUAAGUCGGUUUACGAUGUACUACACCUUCUUCUUCUCCUCAUUCUUGCGCAUGCGCAGUACGUCGCAGGGGAACAGUACCGCGCCCCCUGGAUCACGGAGCACCCCACGGAUCUGAGCGUCCCCCGCCACGAGCCAGCAACCCUGAACUGCAAGGCGGACGGUAUCCCCACCCCUACAAUCGAGUGGUAUAAGGACUCCCAGCCCGUGCGUCCUUCGGCCUCCUCGCACCGCGUCCUGCUACCCGCAGGAGCACUGUUCUUCCUCCGCGUGGUCCACGGGCGCAAGGAGUCUGACGCGGGGGUGUACUGGUGUGUGGCGCGCAACGCCGCUGGAGUCGCCCGAAGCAAGAAUGCUACCCUACAAGUAGCAGUGUUGAGAGAAGAAUUUCGAGCACAACCGUCCAAUUUGAGAGUUGCUCAAGGCGAGACGGCGAUUCUGGAGUGCGGGCCUCCCAGAGGCACACCGGAGCCCAUAAUCUUCUGGAAGAAAAACGGACAGCUUUUGGAAAUUGACGGAUCAAAAAGAAUCGAGAUAGUAGACGGAGGUAACUUGGCUAUCCAAGACGCUAGGCGGAGUGAUGAGGGGAGGUACCAAUGUAUCGCCAAGAACACCGUUGGAGUCAGAGAAUCAAACGUGGCACUACUGAAAGUCUAUGUGAGGCCGUUCCUGAUCAACGGUCCUAGGGACGCCGUCAGUCUGACGGGAGCCAGUGUUGUGUUCGCCUGCGAGGUGGGCGGAGACCCGGUCCCUGAUGUACUCUGGAAGCGUACGGCUGGAGGCGGCAACAUGCCUCUGGGUCGGGUCCAUGUCCUGGAGGACCGCAGUCUCAGACUGGAGUCUGUCACCGCCGAGGACGAAGGAGAGUACAGCUGUGAGGUGGAUAACGCCGUGGGAAGCCUCACCGCAUCAGCUACCCUAACUGUGCAUUCCCCUCCCGUGAUCAUGGUGCGACCACAAGAGCUGACCGUGGACGAGGGCAAGGACGCAGUGUUCAGCUGUGGGGUCCGGGGAAAGCCCACCCCUACCGUGUUCUGGCUCAUUGAAGGCAAUCACACCCUUUUGUUGCCGGGAGAGAGUUCCCAGAGGUACGAGGCAUCUGCUACUGCGGAGGGUCAUGUUCUUCUCUCCGUCAAGGAGGUGCAGAAGUCCGACUCGGGGCUGGUGGUGAUGUGCAGUGCUGUGAACCCCGCGGGCUCCGACUCUUGGUUCUCCCGCCUUACCGUCAUCUCUCCGGACGACCACCCGCCCCCCAUUAUCGAGCUGGGGCCCGCUAAUCAGACCCUACCACUGUACACCCCUGGGCAGCUACAAUGCCGCGCUUCCGGCAACCCACCGCCGGUUAUCACGUGGUACAAAGAUGGCGUCCCGGUCAUCUCCACUGCUCCAAAAUCCAUCGUCGCUGAGGAUGGCACUCUAAAGAUCAAUGACCUGGUGAAGGCUGACGAAGGCCUCUACACUUGUGUGGCGUCGUCACGCAGCGGCAAAGCUACCUGGAGUGCCACCCUCCAGCUGGAGUCCAGAACUAACCCCAAUGCCGCUUUCUUCCGUAGCCCUGAGCCCACUACUCUCCCUGGACCUCCAAGUCGCCCCACACUGGUCAACUCUACUGACAGCAGCCUCACCAUCUCCUGGACCAGGAACAACAAAAUAGGCUCAUCAUCGCUCCUCGGAUACCAGGUGGAGAUGUUCAGUCGCUCUCUGGCAGGAGGUCACACUGGUGGGGGCUGGGUCACAGUAGCUAGGAGGGUCCCAGGUCCCACCUAUACCCAGCAGUACCUGCAGCCCAGUCUAGUCUACACGUUCCUGGUGAGAGCUGAGAACUCGCAUGGUCUCUCUCCGCCAUCAUUGCCUUCCACCAGCUUCACCCUGGCAGACCUAGCACUCCCUGCUGGAGAACUUGACUCAAGCAUGAAGGAGGCUCGAGCCAGCCUGUCUGCAGGACAUGUAGUGGAGCUCACGGGUAUACAGCCCAUCAGCUCAACCUCCAUCAAGCUCGGAUGGGAGAUACUAAGCUCAGAUUAUGUGGAAGGGGUAUUUAUAUACUCGCGAGGAUUGGAUCCCCAUUCUCGAAGCACCAACAUGUUGACAGUUCUUCACACUGGGGAUACCUCAGGGUUCCUGGUGACGGGGUUGAGUCCCCACACCCGCUAUCAGUUCUUCCUGGUUCCUUUCUACAGGCUGGUGGAUGGUAGACCUUCAAAUUCCAGGACUGCCAAGACUCUUGAAGAUGUACCCUCGGAACCUCCAAGCCACAUGGAAGCGGUCCUCCUCAACUCCAGCGCAGUCUACCUCAAGUGGAAGCCUCCACCGCAAUAUGCUCAUAACGGCAUCCUCAGAUCAUACCAGGUGGUGGUCCGAGGCGGGGAGGGCGGGAAAGGUAUGGUACUCAGCAACGUGACAGUGAAUGCUGGCACCCCGUCGCUCCUGCUGACCAACCUGACUGCAGGAGUUGUGUACACAGUGCAGGCUGCGGCAGUCACGCGGUUGGGGGCAGGGCCAUACAGUUCCCCUGCCACCCUGCGGCUAGACCCUUCCUCCAGGCUCCUCAACAACCCACGCCAACCUGUGGGUGUGGAACCAAGUCUGAAGAUGACCAACUCUGACUUCCUGUCAGAGACCUGGUUCAUGGCUCUGCUAGGGUCCAUGGUAGCUGUCAUGGUCUUGCUGUUCAGUGCAAUGCUGUACGUGUGGCGGAAACAAAUGCUCAACAAGAAAAGCUACUUGCCAGACUCCAGAUCCAACGGAGGAGUAUUAACGACACCUUUGGGCUUUAAGAGUCUAGCUGUGGGCCUCACCCACCCCCUUUCCACCCCCUUGGCCACGGACUCCAACUUCUGGAUAGAGGCCAACAAGUCACAGUCUGCCGAUAAGGAGUUGUACAGUGAGGCUCAGCAGACUCCUCACACAACCUCAGAUUAUGCUGAGGUCAACCUUCUGCAGCAAGGGUCUCUACUGACCUUCAAGGGCUAUGGAGAGAGUCCUUCCUCAGCUCCAUAUGCCACCACCACUCUGGUGCCUCCUGUCAACAGGCACAUGGGCAACAAGUUGCUCACGGGAUCGGAUCACAAAGCAGGAAGCUAUGAUCCAGAGACUUCUUACACGCCUUUCUGUUAUUACGAUAGAAAGGUUUUGUCUGACAAUUAUUUCUUUGUGGGCAACAAGGAAUACGUUCAUGUGAAUGGUCAUGCAAGUGUCGGAGUGCCCGCCACUCUAGUGGUUCCCCAUGGUGGGCGCAAGGCUAUGUCCGAUGCGGGAGAAACAGAUAGUAACCAGCUGGACCCACAACCCCCUCCACACCCUCCUCGCUAUCGGAGGACCUCAGUCAACACACCUUUGAUAAGGCCUAAUGAGCCAAAGUAUUUGGAGGAGACAUACACUCAGGUACAGGCACCUCCUAACGUGGCCAUCCCUCCUCGUAACCCCCAGCACACUGCAUACUCCCGCCUCCAGGGCCAGCCCACCAGUCGGACUCUGACCACCUUUGUGCGGCCCACCCGCACAGGCCACAGUCCUGUCUACCACAACUCCUCAAGGAGCGAACCUGGUGGAUAACGUCAAGAGAAGGGGAGGGUUCAAGAUCGGAAGCUUAAGAUGGAACAGAAUUUUUGCUUGUAAGACUUCCAACCAAUAGCACAACAGAAAUGCACCAGUUUUGCUCAAAAAAUUUAAAAGUGCAUUUUUCAAGCAUAAAAGUACAAUGGUUUUUACUUUUCUGAAGCAAAUAGUUACUGUGAAUAAGACACAAAUGGAAACAAAGAUUAUUAAUACUCGAAGAAUCAUUCAGAGAGUUAUUUCUAGAAACUAUUACAAUGUCUUAAGUAUGAAAGCAAUCACAUAAACUUUCAGAUUCCUGUUUUAAAUCUGAGAUAAGCUAACCAUGUUAUAUUUUAAAAUCUUUCCUUAAAAAGAAAACAAGCAAUGUUUUAUUGUUUUUAUUGAAUACUGACAUAUUCUUCAACACCUUCACUGCUGUUCUAAAUUUAGUAAUCUUCACUAGUUGUAAAUAUUUACAUGACUUGACUGUCAGUAUGUUACAGAUCUGUAAUCGUUGAAAAAACAAGAAUUAUGUUAAAACUUAUUGGCAUUUAAGUCUUUAUUAUUGUAAAACCUAUGCUCGAACUUUACUUUCAACUAAUUUAUUCCAUUACUUGAGCUUUCAAUUAUGAAUAUAGAAGGUAAAAUGGGUGUUUUUGAUGUAUUAAAAUCAUACAAAUUUUAAUACUAGAAUAAAAUUUAAUUUUGAAGUUUUCUACUUUUUACGUACAUAACUAAUAAAUAACAGAAUGAAGUAAUAAUAUGAUAGGGACAAAAAACCAUUCCUUCUCAAAAAUGUGUGAUAUUUUGUAAUCUUUUAGAAUCAUUCUUAUAAUUUUGUAAGUCUUUUGAUGGCUUUUGGAUUUUAUGAAUGUAAAAACUUGUAAAUAAUGCUUGUAACGGUGUUCCCUGAUAUUGUUCAGUUGGAUGUUCUCUUGAGAUUAUUUUUUUAACUCGUACUGCCAAAUUUUGAACGCAUCGCUCCUUGUCCAAAGUGUCCCAAGUGUUGUAUAUUAAGUCUGUUGAUUUUUCUAUUGACAAGUUACUAUAAGACUGACCAUACUACUCUUGUAGGCUAAAUGUAUCAUAACGGCUGAUUGUUUGUACCAUGUCUAUUUGUAAAUUGAAUUGUACAUAUCGUCAAAGCAAUAUAGAAUAAAUUUUUGAUGUAAUAAUUUGACUGUAAAAAGCUAUAAAUAGUAUUUAUUUUAGUUUUAAUAAGUUAUUUUAGUGCAGACCGUUGUAUCAUUUAGAGUCACAGACCAGAUCAGAACUAAAGCAGUGUUAAAUGUGUAAUGUAGAAAUGUUGGGUGUUGAAAUUUACCUAAAUCUGCUUCCCUACUGAUUCUAUAAUCUGGGUAUAGUGUUCCGAGGUUAGAAUUGAGUGUACAUUCUGCUACUUUCCCACCGGCACUAAAAACAUGUUCCUAAGUGUAGAUAGAAAACUGUUUACAAUUUUGUGUUUAGGUUGUUUUAGUUGCUAACGAAAAUGCUGUAGGAAUUUCUUCCUGUAGCAUAUUAAUAUAAUAUAAUUUUUUCUAUUUUCAAAACAUGCUAUUUUUAUGUAUUACACUGAGUAUUUAAAAUAAUUUAAUUUUUCUAUGAAACUAAAUGAAAUAGUGAUAAAUUUCAUCUUAUGUAGAGAUUUUUUAAAAUUUGGAAUAUAACUUUUUAUGUUGUGAAAUGUUUUUAUGUUAUUUUUUUGUUUAAUUGCUCCUUAAAAUAAUUUCCUUGAAUAUGGAAAAAGUAAAAAAGUUUUUUUUUCACUCCACGUGAAACUAUAGACAUUUUAACUAGAAAAUUUUGAAUUUUUGAAUCAGGCUGAAAUAAAAUUUGUUGAAAAUGUGGAAUUUUCCAGUAGGUAAAUGAGUUUGAUUGACAAGUGAGUAUGGAUUGAAGUUUUUCUUUAUAAAAAAAUAACUUUUUAAAACUAAUUUUUUUACAUUACAUUUAAUUUUAAAAAUAUCAUUUUCCUAAGUCAUAAAUUAAUAAGUUGGUUAAAACAUUAUGUAUUAUAUGAGAGAUAUUAUAUGGAGGAAUUGUGAGUUUAUCAUAAAAGAAUUUGUUUUAAACCCUGAAUUAAUUGCACCACUUGAAGGGUUUUAUCUAAAGGGGAUUCAUUGUUAAAAUUAACCCAAUUCUGUAGUAAUAAUACUGCACCAUUAUACCGGUUAAAAAUUAUUGCUUAGUUCAUAAUAUAGUAAUGCAUAAACAAUGUGUGAUAUUAAAUAGUACUAGUUUGUUGACAAAUGUUUUAUUUUAUAUUAGAUUUCAGUAUUAAAAAUAGCCCCAGUAAAAUUUUUUUGCUAGAAAAAUAUUGGAAAUUAGGUUAAUUUGUAAUCAUAUAAUCCUAUAAAUACUAUAAAAUUAAAUUAUAAAAAUAUAAUAUUGUUUAAAUAAACAGUUGUACCACCAUCAAUUGUAAAAGUCCUAUGUAACUAAUAUAAUCGUUAUUCCUAAAAAUAUAUAGUCAGCCUUAUUCUGAAGUCAGGCACACUUAAUUGUAAAAGAAAAAAUAAUGACAUAUAUUGAACAUAUCAAUCCAUUUGGUUCAAAUAUUUUUAACCAAUUUUUAUGAUUCAAGGAUUUAUGGCCUACCCUCACUGUGUUGUCUUCCCACUUAUUGUUCUUUUGAACUAAAGUUGAUCAUUUAUACUUGAAUACUUUUAUAUUUUUGUAUCUCAACAAAAGUGGUUAAGUGUACUGAAAACUGUGUAAAUUACUGUGUAUUUACAGAUUGUGAUAGAAUAAAGAAUUAUUUAUAAAUA